GUGUGUAGCUUGUUUACAUUAAAAAAAAAAAAAAAACUUCUAGUAAAAUGACUUUUUAACUGGAAAAAAAAAACUAUUAUAUAUAAGAUUAGAUAUAAAUAUCAGUUUGAGGUUAUUUUUUUUGCUAAUAUGAGGGUAUUACCAAAGUUGUAUCUAUAUUGUGGUGGUCUAUUCAUGUAUUUUACAAAGCAAUAAUAAAAAAUAAAAUAAUAAUAAUAUAUAUAUAUAUAUUGGAAUCAUCUGCUCCGAUUUCUGCUAUUAUCUGUUAUUUCCUGUGCUCUGAUUAUCCUGUGUUAUCUGUGUCGCUUGCAUUAUUUCAUUUCCAUAUCGCUUUAAAUCUCUUAUCCGAAUCUCUUAACCUUAUCUGACUUCUUUUUAUGCUUUUAUUGAGCCGAGGGUCUUUCGGAAACAGCCGUCCUACCUUGGUAGGAGUCAGGUCUGCGUACACUCUACCCUCCCCAACCCCACGAUGUGGGAUUUCACAGGGUUGUUGUUGUUGUUGUUGUAGUAUAUAUAUAUUGGAAGAUAACACAGUUGAUCAGUGUAAAAAAGGGAACCAUUAUGAUCUAUGGAAGGAGGGCCAUCCCUAUCCCUAGUAUGUAUCUUGAAUUCAUAUAUUUCUCCUUAUUUUUAUUAAUUUUUUUGAUUUUAUAGAGUAGAGUGCCUUUCUAUGAAGAUAUUGUGCCCUAAAUUUCUAUAUUCACCUUCAACACUUCUGCUUCUGUCGUUUAUUUUUUUAAAAAAAAAAAAAUCUUCCACUUUCUCUUCUACAAAUCUUUAGUCAUCAUUCUCAAAUGGAUAGCAACAACAAUUCUCUUCCUGAAUCUUCUAGCAAAAAUCGUCCGAAAGGAUGUAUAGUAGAAAAGGGAAUGGAAUUUUUUGCUGAAGAUGGUGAUCUUGAUGAGUCCAUAGUGGCUACAAUCAAAUACCAUGAAUGGGAAACUUUGUGCUUCCUCCUGGAGACUUUUGUUUGGAUCUUGUUCUAGAAUUCUAUAAGAAUCUAAAUGAAGAUUCCAAUGAAUCUAUGAUCAUGGGAAAGAAAAUUGACUUCUCAACCGAGAGCAUCAAUCAACCUUUUGGUUUAAAGCCAGUCAAUGAUGAUUUGACACGGAUUCAGUUAGCUGUUGCAUAUUGGGAGGACAUUGAAGGAAAAUUAUGUCCGUUUGGUGCAAACUAGGUGACAAAGCCUAAUGGAGAGCGAAAAUAUUUACUUGGAGUAAAUGUUUCUUGUCGUUAUCGACCAUGGGUAGGCUUUGUAACAAGCAGAUAGUUGCCUAAUACAAAUACCUCAACUGUGAUGACAUCUCGAGUGCUCCUCAUUUAUGUCAUUUGCACUCAUUUUCCAAUUAACAUUGGAAAAAUCAUCAAUACAAAUAUCAAGGCCUGUGUAUAUGAAUCAAAUGCGAGGAGUAUUUUCUUUCCUUCAACAAUAACAGCUUUGUUGAAAUACUUUGGAGUGAAUCCACCGUUUGUCACUCUUUCUUCUAUGAUGAUUAACAAAAUCUUUUGGAACAGAUGUGAUGAAUCUGAAGGUCCAAAGAGAGAACCAGGGAAACGAGAAAAUCCAAGGCAAGGUUAUCCAAUUGCUCAACUGACACUCAUGAGGCAAUUAUCGUAUCAGUUUAAUGGUAUAGCUCAACAAUUUGCUCAACUUGUCAUAAAAAAUGAUAAGGCGGAAGACAAUAUGGCCGAGAGGUUGGGCAGAAUCGAAGAGAAAAUGGACACAGGAUUUCAUCGAAGUGAGCAUAUGUCGAUGCAAAACGUGAUAUACAAUUCGAGCCCGAAUUGUGAUUUUUCUAAUAUGAUGCGCAGUAUGGGUGAAUCUUGGGGGUUUCUGAAUUUGCCUCUUUUUCCAGUUGUGACAUGGGCUGAUCCUGCUACUACACCAAUUCCACAGUUCUUUCAUCAAAACAACUUGCAAAAUCAACUACCAUUAGUUGAUGAAAUAGGCGAGCCACUGGUACCACCUAUUGUCCAAAAUAGAUCAGCUGCAAUGUCCAUCCAAAGUAGUGUGCUAACAGGUUGGAAGGAGAAGCAAGAAGUGUUUAAGAUUGAACCAAGAGCUUGUUACGUUGAAGGUUUAAAAAAAAAGACAUUUUUUUUUUGAUGGAUGCUUGAACUUUGUUACUUUGAAGGUUUGAUAAAAGCUGCUCAAUACUUAGAUUGUCAAUUUGGUGUUGAAAAAUGAAGUCAAGACUGGAAGUGAGGAACAUAGUUUUCAAUUCAUCACGCCUCCACCAUAUGACACAUCGAAAACACCAUUUCCUUAUGGAAGUAGCAUUUGCAAAACAAAGUGAACCAGAUUUGAUUCUGAUGAACAAGAUUCCUAAAAGUUCUAGCGGCUACUAGAUUUUGUGCAAUAUCACAAAACGUAUCUUUAACUAUUCUUCUUAGCAUUCAUGAGUUCUUUUAGAGAGAAACUUUGGAAAAAGAAAAAAAAUUUGCAUAAGUGAGCAGGAAGAACGGGAGAUCAAGAACAGGACACCAAAUCAAGAGUUGUGAAGGCAAACUUUGAAGAAUCAUCAGACUUCCUACGAUGCCCUGUAAGUUAGACCAAUGUUGUGAAAACAAAUCUUGAUUUUUUGAGCAAGUCAUAUUAGUGAAGUUUAUGAAUUUUUCGAAGAAAAUCCCCAUCCUAUUCAUAACGGAAGUUUACUCGUUUAUCCAAAUUCAAAACUUUCUUGAAGGCUUUUUCUCUCUAGUGUUUAUAUAUCUCUCUAGUGUUUAUAUA